GGAUCAGGAUUUUGAAUCAUCAGGAUUUGCACAUUUUCAUCCACCCAAUCAACUAUAUUUCGAAUCAACAGGAUUAAUAUUUACCCACCCAAUCAACUACUCAACCACUUUAUCAUCAAACCCAUACGUGGAAAAAUUUGACAUGGCCCCUCAAAGCAGUACGAAGCCAAUUUGCAGCCGCCAAAGCAGCCCCACACUCACUGUGCGAUCGCUUAGCGUGACCCGUAGCAUCAGCCCACUCUCCGACGAAGGAACCCUGGCAAGACGCCUGCAUCGCUUUAAAGCGACCCUUUCCCCCAUUCGAGAGGAGCGUGGAAAUACGCAUCGCACGGCCCGACGUACCAUCAGCCUUUCCCCUCUUCGAGAAGAACGAGGAAGUACCCAUCGCACGGCCCGGCGUACUAUCAGCCAUUCAACAAAACGAGCACACAAACACGUCGCCUGUGGAUUGUGUAAAAAAGAUCACAGACUGGUAACAUGUUCUAAAUUCACCAAAAUGAACAUCAAUGAAAAGUUUGACGCAGUUAAUAAACACAAGUACUGCGUCAAUUGCUUGGCCAGAUCGCAUUCCACCCAAAAGUGCACAAGUAAAAAACGAUGUGCCACGUGUAAUGGGGAACACCAUUCAACCCUACAUGGGCACCCCAGGUUGUUCUGCAAAGAGCCAACGAAAUCAUCGAAGAGCGAAGAAAGAUUGCACAGACAAAAAGAUCUACCCACGCUACUGGCCAAGCCGACCCUCAUACCAACAGUCAUGGUCAAAGUCAAACACGAUGGAAAAUGGAACAAAAUACGAGCCAUAGUCAACCCGACCCGAAAGGUGACUAUAAUUGCGUCAGAGCUGGUUCAGAGAUUGAGGUUACCGAAAACGUACCUCGACUCGCAUCGCAUAUGCAAAGUCGUCAUAGGAUCGUUAACUGAUUCCGACUGGCAUGUCGAAGUUAACUGCCUAUUGACGCAUGAUUUACCGACCCGACCCUAUAAUCGUGACUUAAGUGGCGAAAUCAUUAAGAAGUUCGACCACUUAGUCCUAGCCGACCCUAAAUUCUGGAAAGACGAUCAAAUCAUGUUGGAACUGGGAGCUGACAUCUACCCAAGAUUGAUGAAACCCGGACUAUUCAACCCCGAUAACAGCACCGUGAUCGCACAAAACACCGCACUCGGUUGGACUUUAACCGGUGCUUGUGCGAUUUAAACCCAAAAUCUAAAAAUCUUUUUAUUCGCAGACACUGCAAGGCGGCCGGGAUGUUCAUACCAAAUGAACACAUCCCUGCAUUGUCCUCCUAACUCGUCUAAAUACGAAUUAGAGGACAAUGCAAAAAACACCCAACAGCGCCAACAUAACAGCGAAGUACCCAACAAAACGAAAAAACACAAUAAAACGAAUCACCAGAGCGGACGGACAUAAGCGCCAAAGCAGCAGCAAUAUCAUCACCAGCAAUAACAACCACAGCAGCAGCAACAAUAUCAACAGCAUCAGCAGUAACAACAGCAGCAGAAUCAAUCUCAACGCGGGAAAAUUCAACAUCAGGUUACAUAUAAAUUUAUAAUUAGAUUAAGUAUAAUCGUAAUUAGUUUGUACACUAACAUACAAUUAUACACAUCCACACCCAAUUGUACUUAUUCACCCAUAUACAUACAUACAUAUAUUAUAUUUACUCAAAUAUACACACAUCCGAAUUGUUACCCGAUUUCUAACCAGUUUUUAUUUUAUUUGGCACACCGGCAAACACACGUCGAUCAGCCCGACAAUGCCUUUAUGCCUACUUCGUUAAGAUGAAGAAGGUGAAAUAUCUUUGUUUAAAUG